AGUUAUCUUCUAACCUUUAGCAAGUUUAAUUGCAAAUCGCACGGGGAAGUGGUUUAGCAUUUCAGAGCAUCUUACACUUUUGCUGCGGUUAUAAGUUAUGAAAAUUUUUUGACUUUUGGCUGUGAUUUUAGUGAUAAGUGGUGGAACAAGAGAGGUGCAAUGGAUGUACAGACCUCGGCGAUAUGUUUAAUAUGUUACCAUGAAUGAGUGGGGGAAAUUUACUGAUUUUCAAGUAACUGUGGACAUAUUACACGAAAAAAUAGUCAUUCGGUGUGUUUAAGUCACUGUGUAAGUUUCUUUUGUCGCACUACGGCUAUUUUGUCCGUCAUUAUCAUCAAGAAUAAAUUAAAGAGCCUCGAUCGAGGUGUAAUAAGCCACAAGUGACUAUCGAUUAUCCCUUUACUUUCAAUCCACUUGUCGGGGCAUUCAGACCAUUCGCUUUGGGAAAAUUUGUGUGUUGAUUUUUUCUUCCAAACCCGGAAUUGCUCUAAAGUGGCUAAUUUUGUGGUGAUUCUGUGGCACGGAACUUUGGGAUUUUCAGAAAAAAAUUCUGGAGGAAGGGAUUUUCAGAUUAAAUAAAAAUUGUGUGUGGAAUUUUCUGUGUUGAGUGCCCCUUCAAUCCAGACAUCCACACCUCCACCAAACAGAACUCAUCUGAGUAAAAGUGCGAUUGAGAUGACGGAAAAACACAGCACAAACGGAAUGAGUCAAACGGAGACUGUGUCUCAGCCAACGUCCGCUGAUGAGCCCAAGGACAAUCCCAAGGAUCUCAAGAGGGAAGCAAGCUGGCCAGCUGUUUUGUUCUACAUCCAUCUCAAUAUUUUAGGAAUAUAUGGAGUUGUAGUGCUCUUUACACAGACCUCCCUCAUAACAGCAUUAUUUACAAUAAUCUUAACAUUCUUGGGCAUAAUUGGUGUCACAUGCGGCUCCCACCGUCUCUGGGCCCAUCGUACCUACACAGCCAGUACGUUCCUUCGUGGAUUUCUUAUGCUGUGCCAAACCAUGGCCGGUCAGGGGUCAAUUUAUGAAUGGGUACGCCAGCACCGACUUCAUCAUAAAGUCUUCAAGACGUCAGAUGAUCCCUACUAUAGUGAUAAAGAUCUUCUGCACAGUCAAGUUCUGGCUCAAAUUCGGACUCUGAGUGCGAAGCAGCAGAAAUUGCUGGACACCAUCGAUAUGAGUGACAUUGAAGAUGACAAAAUCGUCAUGUUCCAGAAGAAAUUCUACUGGAUUCUGUACUUGAUCUUCUUUGUAUUGUUGCCAAUCAAUGCUCCACUGGAAUACUGGGAUGAUACCGUGCAGGCUGCCCUCUUUGUAGCCUUCUCCCUGCGCUAUAUGAUCGUGAUCAAUGUAGCCUGGAUGGUAAAUUCCGCGCACUUUAUCUGGGGUCUCGAUAAGAACUUCAAGCAAUCUGACUCAAAUCUCAUCUUCGUGAUAACCAAGACAUACUGGCCUCAGUACCACUACCUCAUGCCAUGGGACUAUCAAACUGGUGAAUUUGGAAAUUACGGGGAAGGACUCACCACAAUAUUGAUUCGGGUAUUUGCUGCACUAGAAUUGGCAACGGAUCUCUCAACGAUCUCCACGGAUGCCGUGAAGACAGGUCUAACUAUGGCUGUAGAUUCUGGAAGAUCUGUUGUAGAUUGCUUGAGAGAAGCUGGAGUUGCAGAGAUGGAGAAAUAUCCCAAAGUCUGUCGUGCCUACAACAAAUAACAUGCAAUUUCUCCCAAUUAUCCAUAACCGAGCAUCAAAUCUGAGUCCAAUUUGCAGAUGAUGCAAUUCCCAACGAAUAUUAUUCACACCCGCAUUUCUAAGCACUCUUAUCGAAGGUUAUGUGUUUGUGAAUUAUAAUCUGCCCCCUACCCCCGUUCUGUCUUAUUUGUCAUUACCCCAAAAAAUUGUCAUAUCUUUUGAUUUGUGUAGAAAUGAUAUUUGGUUAAUAAAGGACUUAAACUUA